AUGCUGAAACAGGAGAUAUUAGGUUCUGGUGUGUUUGGUACAGUCAAAGAAGGUUUUAUACCUAGUAUACAACAGAAGGUGGCAGUAAAGAUUUUUUCAGAAAAACUUGGAAGGACAGAAAUGCUUGCAGAAUGUGCCAUAUCAUUGGAGAUGUCUGGUCAUCCUAAUUUUGCUUUUGUAUUUGGUAUGUGUGAACCGAAUAGGUUGAUUUUAGAGUUUAUUGGCAAUGAUGUGACUGCCCCAACUUUGGGUGAUACUAUAUCAAAUAGUGUUAAGUUGCCAUAUUGGAAGCCAAUAUGUAUUGAUUUAAUACAUGCUUUACAUGACUUACACAACAAAGGGAUAUUACACAAUGAUCUCCAUUCACGUAACAUCUUAUUGCGCAAUUUGAAGCAUGUUAAGAUAAUUGAUUUUGGAAAAGCAACCUUGGUGGAAGACCCAGUCCGUUACUCUAUAAAACCCGGGACUCCAAAGCAUCAAAGAUACAACACCAUUCACAGACACCUGGCAUUCGAAUUGCGCAAUGUACCUGGCUCAUAUGUCUCCUGUGAAACAGAUGUAUAUACAUUGGGAUACAACUUUGAAAGUAUUGCUAAACAUGUUGCAUCAGAAAAGCUUUUGAUGAUUGCAACAAACAUGUUAAAAAACAAACCACAUGAGAGACCUUUGUUGUCUCAAUUGCUUAUUCAACUCAGUAGAUUAUAA